GGUGGAAGUCACUGCUCUGAGAAAAAAAACAGCAACAAAAGAGCUUCAGCUGCCAUCAAAGGUCGGUUUGUCACCUGAAGCCAGCAACUCAGAGGAACUGCAGCUGUACUCAGAAGGUGCAGAGAGCAGGCACCAGCAUCCAGCUGGGGGUGGCAGUCCCGAAGAGGCCAGCAGUCAGCAGAAAGAGCUCCCUGGGCAAGAGCCAUGGGCCGGCCACCCCCCUGCUGGCUGUGGAUUCUGGGGACUCUGGCAGGGCUCUCGGCCACCCUAACCCCCAAGUGCUGUCCAGAGAAGCACUACUGGGCCCAGGGAGAACUGUGCUGCCAGAUGUGUAAGCCAGGGACUUUCCUUGUGAAGGACUGCGACAGACACGGAGAGGCUGCUCAGUGUGAUCCGUGCACACCGGGGGCCUCCUUCUCACCAGACCACCACAUCCGGCGCCACUGUGAGAGCUGUCGGCAUUGUAACUCUGAUCCUUGUCCAGCCUGGAUCACAAUUCCUGGUCUCCUCAUUCGAAACUGCACCCUCACCGCCAAUGCAGAGUGUGCCUGCCCCAAGGGCUGGCAGUGCAGGGACAAGGAGUGUACCGAGUGUGAUCCUCCUUCAAAUCCCUCACUGACACCUCAUCCAUCUCCAGCCUCAGACCCACACCCACAACCCACUCACUUACCUUACGCCAAAAAGAUGUCAGAGGCCAGGACAGUCCGGCAGGUGCAGACUCUAGCUGAUUUCAGGUGGCUGCCUGCCCCAGCUCUCUCGACCCACGGGCCACCCCAAAGGUCCCUGUGCAGCACAGACUGCAUCCGCAUCUUUGUGGUCCUCUCUGGAAUGUUUGUUGCUUUCACCAUGGUCGGAGCCCUGUGCCUCCAUCAACAAAGAAAAUAUGGACUAAAUUCUCCUCCUGCAGACAAAGAAGAAAGUCCAGUGACGCCUGCAGAGUCUUGUCCUUACAGCUGCCCCAGGGAGGAAGAGGGGGGUGUCAUCCCCAUUCAGGAAGAUUACCGAAAACCAGAGCCUGCUUCCUACCCCUGAGCGUGGGUGCUCGCCUUAGGGGUGGGGAAGUCAUCACUACAAUAAAAUCCCAGCCUCCAUCCCACCCCGUUGCCCUCCGGGGAAGGAUGAGACCUGCCCACCCCCCCACCCCCCCGUUUCAGUACUGUCCUCUCAUCAGGUCCCUUUCCUGUGUGCAGACUUGAGAAGGUGCCUUUUGGAGACUGGCAGUGACAAGGACCCGAGGGGAUGUGGUGGAAGGUGGGUGGGUCACAAGAGCCCGGUGCGCCCUGGCUCAGCCAGCUUCACCCCUGCGCUGCACUGGAGGGCUGCGGCCCUAGCUGGAAAACACACUUCUGUCUACAAACCCCACGUGCUGUAUCACUGAUGUAGAAAUUCGGCAAAAUAAAACGACGGCCAGCCACACA